UCUUUGCCUGUUGUUCGGGUUAGAUCUUUCUGUAAUGGCCGUCCUGCAGAAAUCUAUGAGCUCUUGGCUGAUGGGGAAUCUGGUCGCCGGGGGCCUCCUUCUCAUGACCCUGAUGAUGCACCGAGGCACAGCCCUGCCCAUCAGCUCCCGCUGCAGCCUCAACCAGUCCGAAUUCUCAUCCUAUAUCGCCAACCGCACCUUCAUAUUGGCUGCCCAGGCAAGUUUGGCAGAUAACAACACAGACGUUCGUCUUUUUGUGGAUCAUCUGUUUCAUGGAGUCAAUAUGACAGAGCGCUGCUAUCUGAUGAAGCAGGUGCUCAACUUCACUCUUGAAGAAGUGCUGUUACCGCAGUCUGACAAGUUCCUGCCCUACCUGAAGGAGGUAGUGGGCUUCCUGGAAAACCUCAGGAACAAGCUCAGCCUAUGUCAUCUCAAAGACGAUGACCAGCACAUCCAGGAGAACGUGCAGCACCUGAAGGACACCGUGAAAAUGCUUGGAGAGAAUGGCGAGAUCAAAGUCAUUGGAGAACUGAAUUUGCUGUUUAGGUUCCUGAGAAUUGCCUGUGUCUGAGCGAGCAAAGCUGGAAAAGGAAUAAUCACUCAACUUCCUGCCUGUUAAAAAUCCCUAUAAGAUUCCUAGAGGGAGUGUUUUUGUUUUAUUUUGUUUACCAAAAGGAAAAUGGAAAAACCUCAUGGGGGGGUGGAUUUCUGACAAAUCUUUGCUUACUUGAUAAGGAAAACCAUGCCGCUUUUGUCCAGAAGACCAAAGGUAA